CGAAACUUCAUUUUCUUUACCGCCGGUCGUAUCCAUGACUAGGAAGUCGGGCCGAUUGCAAGUUCUGCCAUUCCGAAGGACCGCCGGUACCCGAUAGAUUUCUCGCCCUGUCGCCCAGCUCCGCCGGGACACAGCAACUGCCGCCGUAGUCUCGCAUCGAAGGGCAAGUCGUCGUUUAGUUCUCUGGAAACGUGACCCAAUCGCUAGCGGAAAAACGCGUAGCAGAGGUCGGUUUUUUUUUCGCGAUUAACAACAGAGCGAGGUAGCAUUUGAAGGUAGGAAUUUAGGGUUUUCUGCGAGUUAGGUUAAUGUCGUCGGGCAAGCCCAACGACGGGGACUUGCAGUUAGUACCAGCGGCGGCGGCGGCAGAUAAUCCAAGGCCGCCAGCAGUUCCGCCGCGUACCCUGGCCACGUCCACGGGAUCAAAUGCAAUCGUCGAGUAUACAGGGCCGGUAUUCAAGGAAGAGGAGGAGGACUUGGAGCUCAAGCUUCGGCGGAUACUUGAGAAUGUACCGGUUCGAGUCAGCAAUACUUCUGGUAGUUCCGCCGGUGCCGGUUCGGGUGACUUUCACCAGUAUCGGCAAAUGAGGCGGAAAGAGCAAGAUCGGGUUGCUAGGAUGGAGGUCGACUACGCGAGAAGGAAAGAAGAAGCAGAAUUCAGAAUGAGAAGGGAGGAAAGGUUGAAAGCCGAAGAGGAGACGAGAGCCAAAAAACGUGCCAAACGUCAAAAGAAGAAGCAGAAGAAGAAAGAGAGGAGGAAGACGCCACAAGGUCCUGCCGAAGGAGGAGCAGAGCGACAGAAACAAGAAUCCUCAGAUGAUGGAUCCGAGAGCGAGGAUGAAGCAACAAAGUGA